AUGCGCCCACACACACGCACACACACUAGCAGCAUCGCGAGAUCCACACACACUCUCACUCAUAGCAUCAUCACUGCUCUGCUGCACCACAGAGAGAGGCACACUGAGCAUUCACCCUCUUUCUCUCUCUCUCUCUCUGCCCCUUCCUCUACUGCGCACUCUCUCUCUGUUCACCUUGGCUGCUGGGUGGUGUGGAGUUAUUGUUGCGUCAGAGCCAAAGAGAUCCAGAAACAGCCAUGCCGGGGGAGAGCUCUCACAGAUCUGUCCCCAAAGAAAGACAUCCGGAGCUUGGAGCAGAGCAGACAGGCCUGCCUGAACCAGACAUGACCAGACAUGCCUCCACUGAUUCCACCCCUAGUGACAGUGGCUCGACCCCUAGUGACAGCGGCUCUAGUCCCUCCCCCAGCACCCCUCAGAAGCUGCUCCCAUCAUGCACCUCUCCUUUUGGGCCGCGGCUGGUCCGGGCCACGCCCAGCUCCUCCGCGACCCCGCGACCCCAGCCUGAAGGUUCCGACCGUCGCCACAGUAACACGAUCCGGCUUAGCGGAACGUUUGGAGGUCACGGACCCUGUGGACGCCGCAGCGGACCCGUGAAGAUGGAGAGAAUCAAGGUCCUGAUGGGCUCAGAGGUGGAGAGUGACUACAAGGAGCCAGAGAACAUGGACACACGGGUGGUGAUGGGCCAGGAGGCCCUGCUCAAGACCAAGAAGACCCUGACAGGGAAGUGCCCUUGCGUGCAGAGCAGCCAGGUGAUACCCCUGCCCGGAGGCCAAGUCUUGGAGAUCCCUAACCAUCCCUCAGAACCACAGGCCGAGUCUGGGGAAAAGGCCCAACUGGACACAGGGCAGGAGAGAGACAAUUCACCUCUGACCCCAAAGAUGGAGCAAGAGCAGGAGAGAAUCCCUGUCCUGCCCAUUAGCCCUCUCCUCACCCCUCUCCUAACCCCCCUCAUCCCUGCCUCCCCUCCCUCCUCAGAGCCAGUCACAGUGGAUGUUAGUUUGACGGGCAGCUUAAGCCCUUUGGAGGCAGGGCUGUCUCCCUAUGGUGAAAUGCCUUUUGUAUGUGCCAUGUAUGCCAUGCCCUCCCUGUCCGAGCCAGCCUAUCCCCCUGCUAUCCUAUCCUUCACUGAGCCGGCCUAUGCCGUGAACCCUCUGAGAGUGGGUGUUCCCUCGUCCCUGGAUCCUGACCUGUACUACACCGCCCCCUCCACCCCCAUCAAGAUGGCUGCUCGCCCCUUACACCUCAAACARCGCUCUUACCCRGGCUCRCCAGCCUCUCCCCUCUCACKAAACUCCCCCUCYGACAGRGAGGACCUGUGCUCCCCRCUCACRUCCCCCUCUGGCUCCUACGUCACGGCSGAGGGYGGCAGCUGGACCUCUUCCACCUCCCCCUGCACCUCCCCCAACCUUCUCCUGGCAGAGGAGGUGCAGGAGGCACCUGCAUGCUUUGUCAGCUCGCUGUCUGAAAUCGGAGACGAAGUGGGGGAGGAUAGGGGAGCAGUAGGGGAGAGGGCAGAGGAGAAGGGAGGAGGAGCAGCAGAGUGGCGGUUCUGCCUCUAUAAGGGUCUAGCAGAGACUGUGAUCCUGGAGGAGGAGGAGGUGCUGAGAGGGGAGGUAAGGGAGAGGAGGAGUGAGGAAGCGACAGUCUCAAGGGGUAGCUGUCGCCCUCGCUGGGUGACAGAGGACACUUCCCCAUUGAGGAGCAGCAGCGGCAGAAGCACCGACUCCCAGGAAGAUGGAGGGGAGUCGGAGGGCUCGCUCUGCCCAGCAGAGGAUGCUCUGGCUGGGGGACAGCAGUACUCAAGUCCCCUGCUGCAAAGAGGCCUGGAGCUGGAGCUGCAGGCCUGUGUGUCUGAGGAGCUUUACCCUCCCAUUACCAACCCAGAUGAUGAUGGAGCAGACUCCCCACGGCUGACCUCCAUCUCCUUCCCCUUUGCCCCAGACAUGGGGAACCUAAGCCCUCACACCUCCAGCGUCAACCCUGCCUCCUCCAACCUUACCAUGGACACCUGCUCUCCAGAUGUGUCAGACGGGGAUAACUCCAGCCCUUACGGAGAGAUGGGUACAUUCCUGCUGUUUCCAGGCUCCUACAGUGAUGAUGGAGAGAUGGAGGAGGAGGAGGAAGAGGGGAGUAUGAUCCCAGCCUCUCUGCUUAACUUCCCCCUCCACACCAGUCUCCUCUUCCAGGCAGACUCCAUGGAGAUCACUCUCUUCCCCACAGAGGAGGGGAAUGAGGGAGGAGAGGGAAACGACAGGAACGAAGGGAACGAUGUGGAUGCGUACGCGGCCGGAGAGGAGGAGGGGGACGUGGAGGAUGAUGAUGAAGAUGAUGAGGAAGAAGUGGAAGCUAAYGUAGAGAUAGAGGAGGCUAAAGUAGAAAUAGUGAAAGAGGAAGAGGUGGAUGAAGAAGAGGGUGAGGACGUUGAGGAUGAGGAAGAGGAGGAGGAGGGUGAGGGUAAGGCUGUAAAUGACCCAGCUGAAGAGGACAACUCGGCCUCCUUCCUUCAUUCACUGUCAGAAACUUCCAUCAACGAAGGGCUGGAUGAGUCCUUCUGUUUCCAUGACGACACGGACGACUCACUAGACUCCGCCUCUUAUAAUGGCGAAGAGGAUGAGCGGCUGUACAGCACAGAGAGACAUGCUGAACCACCCACAGGACCACCCACAGGACCACCCACAGGAUCACCCACAGAACCACACCAAGCCAAACCUCAGCCUGAAACCAGACCAGAGGCCCACAGCACUGAACUGUCCCAGUCCCAGAGCAGACCUAGCCUAAUCAAUCCCCAAGGUGACAAAGAGCCCCGGCCUGAGGAUCCUCCAGGACCCAGACCACCACAACCUGCACUUGCACCUGCCCAACCUGCGGAAUCAGCCCACCCCGAGUCCUCCAACAGCAGUAGUGGGAGUGAAAUGGAGAUCUCCUCAGAGUCCUCUGACCCUCCUGUCCCCGCUCCUUCUCAGGAGAGCCCUUAUGUCUCUACCCUUACCCCUAAACUUUCUACAACCCCUUACCCUGCCUUCACUAGCCCAAAGACUACUCCUGCUACCGUGUCAACCCCUAAAACCAAGCCUGCAUCUCUCUCUAACCCCAACACUAACCGUGCUCCUGCCCCUAAUGCUAAAUCUGCUACUGUCUGUACCACUAACACCAACCCUGCUACAGCCUCAACCCCACAAAAUAACUCUGCUACUUCCUCCACCUCCAAAACUAACCCUGCUACCGUAUGUACACCUGAAAUGAACCCUGCUACGGUCUCUACCCCUAACAAUAACAGUUCUCCUGCCCCUAACGCUAAAUCUGCUACGGCCUGUACCACUAACACUAACCCUGCUACAGCCUCAACCCCCAAAACUACCCCAGGUACACGCUCUACCCCAAACCCUGCUACUAUUCCUAACACUAACCCUGCUGCUACUCCAAACACUAACCCUGCUGCUACUCCAAACACUAACCCUGCUGCUACUCCAAACACUAACCCUGCUGCUACUCCUAACACUAACCCUGCUGUUACUCCUAACACUAAGCCUGCUGCUACUCCUAACACUAACCCUGCUGCUACUCCAAACACUAACCCUGCUGCUACAAUCGCGGAGACAGCGUCCCACAGCAAUCCUGUCACCCUGGCAACUCAGCCAUCCCAUAACAUCCAUGUGACCCUGGCAACAGGAGCAGGGCGAGUCAAAGCAGUUGCAGAGGAAGUACAGGCUGGUACGGUGAAAGAGGAGGACAAAAGGAGCAGUGCAAAGAGAGAGAAAGACAAACAGAGCGGUGGGGAGAGAGAGAAAGACAAACAGCUUCAAGUCCGGUCCAACCGCUUCUGGUGUCAGUGCUGGAACUGGACAAGAAGAAUGAGAACAGCAGCGCUGAAGGUGUGGACUCCCAUCAGGUCCUUGAAGGCCACUGCCACCAAACCUGACAAGGGGGUCCUCUGCUCUCACGAGGAUGAGGUGGGUGAUAUAAUGGGGGACGAAGAAGACAACAACAGCCUGUGUGGUCGGCCAGACAAGAUGGCAGAUGUCGAGCUUGUGGGAGAGGGAGUGCCAGAGUCCAACCUGUCCAGCUGGAGGUCCAUCGAGGAGAUAUCAGAGGCAGGGGGAGGAGAGGACGGGAGCUCCCAAUUCCCAGAGGAUGAUGUCAGCAACCUGCAGAGUCACCCGGAAAACAAGGAGGAGCAGGAAAACAACAACAUUGACUCAGUGUUCCUAUCCUCUGGAAUGCCAACCUGUGUGACUCUGAAUGCCCUGUCAGAGGAGGUGAGACACCAGAGCCAGAGUCCUCAGCCAGAGGAGACAGAGCCACAGACGGUGAGCCAAAAAGAGGGUGGUGGCUGUCAGAAGACUGACAGGCACAUUGACCAACCAAAGACGAGUGGGGCCUUAGAAGGACAGGAYAGCAGUGUUUGUAUCUCAGGGGAAAGAGAUGUGGAGGAGAGAGCAGAGGAAAGAUUCUCUCCAACAGAGAGUGUUCCAGAACCUGCACAGCGUCAGACACCCGAGGGAGAGCUGAGCACAGAGAAAGCCAUCACUCCUCCUCAGCCAGGGAGGAGAGGGAAGCAGAGCAGAGACAGACCCAGUCAGCUGCGCAGACAAUCUCCGUCAGGCUCUGGGUCUACUGAUCACCCACAGGAACCAGCUCUCACUGCCAAGACCCUAGAAGACAUCUCCCCACCAGGGAAGCAAAAGAAUAAGAACAUGAGGGGACAAAAAUCUUCUGCAGAUACCAGACAGAGGACACCUGUGAAGGGCAAACCUGAGGCAGAGUCCGAGAGGAGAGGGGAAAACAGAAACGUCUCCAGAUCCCCGACUCCCCCUAGUCCUACCAACCUCUGCCCUAUCGCUCCCGCUCUCCUAGUCAACCAGGAAGUGAACAUGGAAGUGCACCAGGAAAUGCUUGACAACAGGCCGCUGCCUGGCUGCCAGACAGAAAGCAGGAAGGACAUCAACGAUAACAAUCCCUGCCCUCGACCCCAGUCUUACCCAGCCUACCCAGGAGUCUCUGCACGGCUGGAGGCUCCAACCACAGUGCCUGUCCUAGACAUCCGCUGCCAGGCCCAGCCCCAGCCAAACCUCCUCACUGUGCCCAACAGACAGAUCAAGCCAGUUCAGUCACAAAGCCCACAGGACAGAGAUGGGAUGGACACAGACAGUGAUGAUGAUGACACUGCUGUUCCUCUACGACGUCACAUGACUCAGCCCUGGGGGAUUGUGGGAAACCCUUCUCAUAAAGAGUCUGGUUCCUCCAAUCAGCGAGAGGUACUGCUUCACUCCUCCUGCCAACCAACUGAGAGACAGACAGACUGUCCAAUCAGCCACAAGAAUUCACAGGAGCUGGACCUGUCCUUCAAAUACAACUUGGGCUCCUGCAAUGAGUCGGAGAGUGAGGGAUCAGUGCCAGAGUUGGAAGAACCAGAGGUGGUGCCACUGAGAUCCUCAGAACCCCAGAUAGAGGACCUGUCUCAACAGGUGCACAAGGCAGCGGCAGAGAAGUUUAAGGUCCCGGUGGAGGCCUCCCACUGGUGCCCCCUGCACACCCAGCCUCACCAUCAAGGAGGAGAGCGAGGAGGAGGAGAAGUGUUCCAUAGUGCAACUGACUUUGACUCUGUCUGUCAGGUGGACGAGGGAGGUUUGGAGCAGAGGGAUAUAGAGCUGGUGAUGGCCCAGGCUAACGUGUCCCGUUCUAAAGCUGUCCGCGCCCUCAGACACAAACACAAUGACAUCGUUAACGCUAUCAUGUCUCCCCCACCUCUUCCCUCCUCCUCUCCUCCUCCUCUCUCCCCCUCUCCUCUCUCCUCCUCUCCUCCCCCCAGUACCUUCACGGUGCCGCCAGAUGAGGACCUCCCCACCCCCAUACAGGAGUCCCAGCCUCUCCUCACCACAGUCCAGCCUGUCACCCCACUCCUAGACACCCAGCCUCAAUCAACCAAUGUUCAGGCAGCCUCUGCAACCCUUUCUACUACCCCUAUCGCCCUUCCUAAGCACCCCCCUAUACCCACCGAAAGUGUCCCUAUGUCCCCUACCCCCUCCUCAUUUCUAUCUCCACCCACGUUAGCCCUGCCCUCAACCCCCAGCUUUACCCAGCCCACCCAGGAGUUUCUGCCACGGCUGGAGCCUCCAACCACAAUGCCUGUCCUAGACAUCCGCAGGCAGGUCCAGCCCCAGCCCCAGCCCCAGCCCCAGCCCCAACCAAACAUCCUCACCGAGCCCAACAGACAGGUCAAAACAGGUCAGUCACAAAGCCCACAGGACAGAGAUGGGAUGGACACAGACAGUGAUGAUGAUGACACUGCUGUUCCUCUACGACGUCACAUGACUCAGCCCUGGGGGAUUGUGGGAAACCCUUCUCAUAAAGAGUCUGGUUCCUCCAAUCAGCGAGAGGUACUGCUUCACUCCUCCUGCCAACCAACUGAGAGACAGACAGACUGUCCAAUCAGCCACAAGAAUUCACAGGAGCUGGACCUGUCCUUCAAAUACAACUUGGGCUCCUGCAAUGAGUCGGAGAGUGAGGGAUCAGUGCCAGAGUUGGAAGAACCAGAGAGGGUGCCACUGAGAUCCUCAGAACCCCAGCCCAUCUCUCCUGCUGAUGAGGGGAUUAACAGACCUAAGCAGAGCCGCAGUGAGAAGAAGGCCCGCAAGGCCAUGGGUAAGCUGGGCUUGCGGCCGGUCCACGGUGUGACCAGGAUCACUAUAAGGAAGUCGAAGAGCAUCUUGUUUGUCAUCAGCAGACCUGACGUCUUCAAGAGCCCCGCGUCAGACAUCUACAUCGUGUUUGGAGAGGCCAAGAUAGAGGACCUGUCUCAACAGGUGCACAAGGCAGCGGCAGAGAAGUUUAAGGUCCCGGUGGAGGCCUCCCCACUGGUGCCCCCUGCACCACCCAGCCUCACCAUCAAGGAGGAGAGCGAGGAGGAGGAGGUGGACGAGGGAGGUUUGGAGCAGAGGGAUAUAGAGCUGGUGAUGGCCCAGGCUAACGUGUCCCGUUCUAAAGCUGUCCGCGCCCUCAGACACAACACCAAUGACAUCGUUAACGCUAUCAUGGAGCUGACCAUGUGAAAGGAUGGACCCCCCCAAAGCAUAAACGCCACAGUCACAUCUGUAUCGCUGCUAUGUUGCAUUCUCCUUACCUGCUAAUAAACAGUGUGUUAUAACCACACUAGUGGGCGAUACUGUUAACCUCCCUUAUACUGCACAUGUCAUGUCCUGCAUGUAUAGUGAAAAUGGGGCAUUUUACAGACAGUCGCUUUUAUUACAUUAAACAGAAUACAAAACAUA